GCCAUUUUUCAGCUGGUGAAACUUUUUCUCAAGUAUUUUUAUUGCGAACACGGGAUCUGUCAGUUGUGGUCUCAAAGUGUCUGCCAUGUAUCUUGAGGAGAUCUCCCACACGACUGGAGUGACUUUGUUCCUCUGUGCCUUUGCUAUGCUCUUGCUGGUUCUCCAUGGUCGACGGAGAGAACCAGGCUGCUCCUUGCCCCCAGGUCCCACACCUUGGCCUCUAGUGGGAAACCUUUUCCAGAUGGGGGAACAGAUCCAUUUGUCAUUAACAAACCUGAGGGUUCAGUAUGGAGAUGUGUUCCAGAUGAAAAUGGGUUCUCUUGUAGUGGUCGUUUUGAGCGGCUAUUCUACCAUCAAGGAGGCUUUGGUACGUCAAGGAGAGGCGUUUGCUGGACGUCCUGACUUCUUUACCUUCUCUGCAGUUGCUAAUGGCACCAGUAUGACGUUUAGUGAGAAGUAUGGAGAAGCUUGGGUGCUUCACAAAAAGAUCUGCAGAAACGCCCUGAAGACCUUCUCCCAAGCUGAGUCCCGAGACUCAAGCGCUUCUUGUCUUUUGGAGGAGCGUAUCUGUGCAGAGGCCGUAGAUAUGAUGGAGGCUCUGAAGAAACAAGCAGAUGAGUUUGGAGAUUCAGGGCUCGACCCAGUUAAGUUGCUAGUGACCUCGGUUGCCAAUGUGGUUUGCACUCUAUGUUUUGGGAAGCGGUACGCCCAUGACGAUAAAGAAUUCCUCACCAUCGUCAACAUCAAUAAUGAAGUGCUGCGCCUCUUUGCUGCAGGGAAUCUGGCAGACUUUUUCCCCAUUUUCCGCUACCUGCCCAGUCCGUCUCUGCGAAAGCUGCUCCAGUACAUUGACAGAAUGAACAACUUCAUGGAGCGCAACAUCAGUGAACAUCUCAUCACCUUUGAUAGGUCUUCCAGUGCUAAAACAGUUUAUGAGGUCCAAAAAAACCAGGUUGGUAUGAACAGGUUACCACAGUUUAAAGACAAGCCAAACAUGCCGUACACAGAAGCUUUCAUAUAUGAAGUGUUUCGUCAUGCAUCCUAUAUGCCUUUCACCAUACCUCACUGUACAACUGAUAACAUUACACUAAAUGGAUACUUCAUUCCCAAAGACACAUGUGUGUUCAUCAACCAAUAUCAAGUCAAUCAUGACAUGAAUAUUUGGGGUGAUGCUGAGGCUUUCCGACCUGAACGUUUCCUUACCCUGUCUGGCCAUCUAAAUAAAAACCUGACUGAGAGGGUAAUGAUAUUUGGCAUUGGAAUACGCCGCUGCCUUGGUGACAGCUUCGCCCGUCUGGAGAUGUUUGUGUUCUUAACCACCCUGCUGCAUCGGCUGCACAUAGAGAAUGUUCCAGGGCAGGAGCUUGACCUGAGCUCUACAUUUGCCCUCACCAUGAAGCCCAGGCCCUUCCGAAUAAAAAUCUCAACUCGUAACUAAGCUAUUGCACCUCAGAAUGCUUGGUAGAAUCGCAGAACAAAGCAAAUGUUGGGCAUCACUGAACCGCUAAGCUAAUUAACCACUACAGUCUUUAUUUCUCAUGUGGUCUAUUCAGCUCAACUGUUACUUGAAUAUUUGCUAUUGUACAUAAUUGUGUACUCUAAGCAUGUCCCUGCAUUAUUUGUGAUAAUACAUGAUAGCUAAGCAUCUAAGUUACUGUUUGUACUUUUAGCACAGAUAUUUGAAGUAUCAAA